AUGGCUCGAUCUGCUCUUUGCCCUAUUAUUGGUUUCAACGGUUCAUUCUGUCCAGGUGAACAAUGGGAAGUUGAGAUAAAUGAUACUUUAGCUAAUUCUUCUGUGACACUAGAGACUGAACUACAACGUCAACGUCGUGAGUCACCUAAUGUUGUGUUACGUUUACCUCAAGUCGUCGGUAUGGCAAUUGAUAUUAGUACAGGUGACAUUCUUUUACCAGCACUAGAGCUGACUGACAACGGAAGUAAACAGUGGACAGAUGUUGAAUCCGGUCAAAUAUUCUAUAUACCAAAUGAAGUUGAAAUAACCAAGGCAUCAGAUAACGAUAAUGGUGUUAGUGUUCGUAUAUUCAACACAGAAAAUGAAUUGGUCGAUACUUGGCUACGUGGUUAUGAAGAAGGCGGGUGGAGUGGUGGUCAAUUUGCAAGAACAAAAAAUAUUUCUCAUGUUUUUGAUCUCUAUUUUAAAGACAAUCAAGCUACAUCAAUCUCACAGAAUUUAAAAGUAGUAUAUACAGUCGCAGUACCAGAUACAAAACUAAAAUUGAAUCGAUAUGCACAGCAAGCUAUUAAUCAACUAACUUCUCGAUACGAUGAAACGCUUUAUAACAGUUUUCUCGAUGUCUGGGGCACACAUAUUACAGUUUCAAAUAAAGUCGGUGGUAUGACUGAACAACAAGUUCAGUUUAAAAAAUGUUUAUUGGAUGCAACCGAUUUUACAGAUAGUAUGUCACUUUCAUCAUUGGAAAUGAAUUUAAAACAGGACUUAGUGGCUGAGCGGCCGUGUAUUCAACAUUACUAUUGGCAACGUCGUAGAAAACUAGUCGAUCAUCGCAUUGGCGGUGAUGUUCUCAUGAUUAAUGAUGCAGUCAAAUGGGAGCAAACAAUCGUAUUUGCACCAGCGUUACUUUCAAUUGUGAAAUAUAUUCCAUGGUAUAAUUUAAUUCAAAAUGGUACAAUUAAAAAUAAUUUAGAACGUGCUAUAAAAACACGUGUACAACAGAUGACAUUAGCACGUCAACAAGAAGCUGAACAAAUACGAGUGACUCGUGCCAACAUGCAAUUAGAAGCAAAAGUUAUUUAUGGUUAUUUUAUAAAUGGCAUAAUGAAUUAUAUCGUAAACGAUGACACGAUUAUAUUAAAUGGUAGUGAUCAAUGUCGAGCUGGUAUUGUCUCAGAUAGUGAUUUACUUAAAAUGUGUAAUGUAGGUUCACAUAAAUUGGGUGCAUGUUCCAUAGCAGUAGUUCACAGAGAUGGUAAAAAUGUAGUUGAAAUAACGUCCGAGGUACCACUGGCGUACGAACGAAAUCAUACUACAGGCAGUUUUCGUAUUGUUGCACGUCGUCAGAUUGGGUAUAUAUUGAAUAAUAUUAUUGGAGACCAGAAUGGAAUUCAGUUUGAAAAUUAUGACGUUGAAGGUGAUUGGGUACAUAGUGGUUGUUCAAUUAUUGAUAACCGGUGUAUUACACAAUCAACCGCAUUGAAAACGGUAGCUGACAUAAAGAAAGUUUAUCUAUGUUCAGGUUGUACAAUGCAAUGUAAUGGACAAACAAGUUGUAAUUGUAUAUGUCCAAUCUAUGAAAGAGAUCCGCAAACUGAUCCAUUUCGACCAUAUUGUAAUAAGUAUACAGAAAAAAAAUAGAAACGUACAUUUUUCUUACGAAUAUUGUAUUUUGUAUGUACUUAUGAAUAGUUUUUUCUUUUCAAUCGAAUACAAACACGAUCUAUUCAAAAACACUUUGGACAGUAUAUAUAUAUAUAUAAUUGGAUGUAUAAUUAUAUGUAAUCGAAAGUCUAUUUAGAAAAGCUGAACACGUUUUAGAGAUUCUAUUAGAUAUGCUACGAUCUGAACCGUCCGAGUUCCCAUGGAGUAAAAUAUUGAAGGAAACGGACUGCGUAACGCGUUUCCGAGGUUGUAGCAUGCGUUUCGCAACGUUUUUUGCAAUAUAGGACGCGUUUCGCAGCAUUCUUACUUACAUAAAAUGCGUUUUGCCACCAUCGUUUUUUGAAACGAUCCGAAACGCUUUUUUCAAGAUUGCGUUUCGAGGCGUUUCCGAAUUCAAAUGCUGUCGAACGCAUUUUGGUAGAGAGGCGACGCGUUUCACAGGUACAGAUUGAGGGAAAGGUGGAACGCGUUCCUUUUUCAAAUGUAUGUUGGAUUGUUUUUGCUUGGAAUGAUGCAAAAUAUAUCUGUUCUGCAUACAGAAUCUUGCAGAAAUUCACCAACACAAAGCAUAUGAGUUAACCAAAGUAAAUUCUUUAAAAUUACUUUGGAAAUGAUAUGAAAUAGCACUUAAAGUUUUGCUACUUGCACUAUUUUUACGUGAAAAUCAUGACCAAGGAUUUUAUGAAGGCAAGACUAAAAUCAAAGUCUUCUAAAUUUUUAGGCUGCUAGGCUGUUAUCUAGACUUAUUUCGAAGUUAGACUAAUGUAAAACAUCAAAGUGUAGCAAAAAUAUAUUCUGCUUACUUAAAAACUCAUUUCACCACAUUUUUAUUGAAAGAAAACAUGUUUCGUAAGGUUUACUUAAGAAUCAUUUUAAAUAUUGAGCAUUUCGAAAAGAUUUAGUAAAGACUGAUACUAAUAUAAUUAGUAUAGUAACUCUCUUUGGUUAUUUGUGAACAAAAGAAUUAUCGCGUUAUCUAUAAUUUGAAUAAAUAUAGUUUUUGUUCAUACUCGAACUAAUUGAUAAUAGCUAAUGAUACUGUGUACAAUACUAGUAAACAUUAUUUUAGUUUGUACAUUGUUGAAGUAAGAGUGACUUUUUAAUAAAAGAGAUUCGAUUUACAAAAGAAAACUCCUUUCAUUUAUUGAUGUAUUGGAUAAAACGAUGACGGAUUUACAUUUACAAAAAUAUAUUAAUCAAGAAAAUAAAUAAAAGAUUAAAUUUUAAAUUUUUUAAAAUUUAUAUAUAAGAAAUUUAAUUUUUUAUAUAUAAAAUACAGUGUAAGUCGAUUAAAUUCGUUUCUAUUGUGUAUCUAAAUUUAAAUCUGAAAGAGUUUAAAUAAAAAAUGUAUCAAGAAAAGACCACACUCGUAAUUGGACAUAGGCACCAAAGAAAUGAUAAUUUUUAAUUCGGUGGAACGGAAACUGAAAAUCUAAUUUAGUAAGUUUAUGCGGGACUCUAAAUGACAGUAGAAUAAACACUUAUAUCAUUAGAUUAUUUUAGUUGAACGGUUUGUGUACAUGUCUUAUACUCCUAUGUUCUCGUGUUCGAAUCCGUGCCUUGACUGCAUCAAAAUUCAUGUAAGUUAUAGUUCUAAAGGCCUAUGAAAAAUGUAAGCGAAUACAUAAAUUGUACCUGCAAUUCAAGAUCUAUGAAGUCAUUGACGAUUUUCAAUUUUUUUUUCCAUUGAGAAUUUACGACACCACAGUUUGAGAAACGCUGCGAAAUUUUUCACAAAAACAAUCGUUACACAGCGUUUGUUUUAGCAGAUGUGAAACGCGUCAAACCGGUCAGCAUUAACGCGUUUCGCAGCUAUGGAAAAAUGCGUUUUCAGAACGCGUUUUUUUCGCAGAAAUUUACACCAUGGGCAACAGCGGUCGAUGAAAAUGGGACUCGUGAUUUUACUCAUAGGUCU